AUGGGUGACUAUUCGAAAGCACUUGAAUUUUACGAAAAAUCACAUCAAAUCUAUGAAAAAGUUCUGCCUCCAAAUCAUCCCGAUUUGGCUACUUCCUGCAGCAACAUCGGUCAAGUGUAUAACAAUAUGGGUGACUACUCGAAAGCACUUGAAUUUUGCGAAAAAGCACUUCAAAUCGAUGAAAAAGUUCUGCCUCCGAAUCAUCCUGAUUUGGCUACUUCAUACAACAAUAUCGGUCAAAUGUAUUACAACAUGGGUGACUACUCAAAAGCACUUGAAUUUUACGAAAAAUCACAUCAAAUCUACGAAAAAGUUCUGCCUUCGAAUCGUCCCUAUUUAGCUACUUCCUACAACAACAUCGGUCAAGUGUAUAACAACAUGGGCGACUACUCGAAAGCACUUGAAUUUUACGAAAAAUCGCUUAAAAUAAGAGAAAAAGCUCUGUCCUCGAAUCAUCCCGAUUUGGCUGGUAGUCACUUGAGUUUCGCCGCAUGUUACGAACGAAUGGGUGAUUACGCAGCAGCUCUUAAGGCUCUUCAAAGUGCUUUUCAAAUUCAACAACAAGCAUUUCAAGAAGGUAAUCCAGCUUUUGCUUUAACAUAUAGUUGGUUCGGAAGAGUUUAUCGCAGUAUGAAAGAUUAUUCAAAAGCACUUGAUAAUUUGGAAAAGUGUCUCGCAAUAGAUCUAAAAACGUUACCUGAAAAACAUCUCUAUCAGGGUAUUACUUACAGUAAUAUUGGUGAUGUUCAUCGAUUAAUGGGUAGUUAUGAUAGGGCACUUUCAUUUCAUCAAAAAGCAUUAAAUAUUCAAGAAAAUGUUCAAUAUAAUCCUCUGGAAUGUGCAACAACAUAUACAAAUUUAGGUGAAACUUAUCGAGAAAUGAAAGAUUAUUCAACAGCAUUGACAUAUUUUCAAAAAGGAUUAGAAAUACGUCAAAAGAAAUUACCAAAAAAUCAUCCUGAUUUAGCUAUAAUUUUUCAUAAUAUGGCAAAACUAUAUUUAGCUACCCAACAAUAUAGUAUGGCAAUGGAAAAUGUCCAACAAGCGGUAGACAUCGCUCAGAAGAAAUUGCCUUCAAAUCAUCCUCAUCUGUUGAACUAUAGCCAAACAUUUAAAGAAGUGCAAAAGAACAUGUAAGUUUAUUCCUUUUUCUCUGGCUGACGACAUGGUAAAUUCCUAUGUCUUGAAGUUUCGAGCUUCUGCACAUCAUUAUCGAAAGAAUGACACUAGAUAAAAGAAUAUAACUGCGACGGCCCAGAUUCAUGAUCUCGUAUGUGUGGAUCGAAAGUCAUAUUUAAACAACCAAAUAAAGCCACACAAAUCGCAGUCUACUGUUACGUUCAUCGAGGAAAUUCAUUUCCACAUGGUAUUCUAUAUAUAAAUUAUAUGUAUAUCUUUUGGGUUUGGGUUAGGUUGGAUCGGGAAAUUCAGUUUCAUACGAUAUUCUAUACAUCAAUAACAUCUGUAUCAUUUGUAGUUGGAUGGAGCAGGUUGAGUAAGGGAAUUCAUUUUCAUACGAAAACCUAUAUAUAAAUGUUAUCUUUGUCUUUUUGUUUGGGUUGAGUGGAUUAGAUCACAUAAAACUCUAAAUAUAAAUGAUAGCUUUACCUUUUGCAGUUGGGUUGAGUUAGGAAAUUCAUUCUGAUAUGAUAUUCUAUAUAUAAAUGAUAUCUAUAUCUUUGGUAGUUGAGUUUGGUCAGAAAAUUCAUUCUCGUAUGAAACUAUAUCUAAAUGAUACGUUCAUCUUUUGGAGUUGGAUUGGGUCAGGAGAUCCAUUUUCGCAUGAAAAUCUAUAUCCUAAUGGCGUCUUUAUCUUUACGCUUUGGUUUGGUUCGCUCAUGAAAUAAAUUUUAAUGCAAGAGUAAGAUACUCAGGAUUUCUACACUUUUUCAUAGAGCUUUUUCUGAAAGGUUCCAUUAGACAUACGAGGGAACGGUCAAUAAAUCAAUGUAUUCUAUGUCAAUCUUCGGAUUGCAUUAAUGUGUGUGAAGCUGUUGGACUCAAUUGGAAUAUAUAGUUUUCAUUGUUAUGUCUUGAAAAAAAUCUUAGUUCACUCUGUGAUGAAACGGUAUCUGCAUCUGUCAAGUGAAUGUAAUCGCUAAUGCAUAUGGGAAAAUAAGUAAUACCGGAAGUUUUGUGGAGCUCACAUAUUUUUUUGAAGAAAAUAGUGAGUCUAAGUUUUAAGUCGAUGUUUUCCGGUUCCCAGUUUCUAAUCUCCUCCCUCCCCACUUACGGACCACAGGAAUUCCCAAGGGAGAAAAAGCGGUUCCUGGUUCCUGGUUGAUUCUGGCAACUCCUUAUGGUUUCUCGUGGAUCCUUAUAAGUCUUAUUAGAUGUUUUCAAAAAUAUUCGCAAGACGGUAUUAUUGUCUAAUUUAUCUCGGUUGUUCGUUCAAGUGUUGUCUUGAGACUUAUGCCAUC